UGUCGAAUUUAUUUUGUACUCAUUUCUGAUAAUUCUCAACAAUUUCAUUUUCCUUUUCCUUUUCUUAAAUUGAUUAAUUUAGUAGGAAUCCACAAAGAUGAUGGGUUUUGCGAUUGAGGUUCGACUGGGAAAAAGUAAAAAACCCUAGCCGAACCUAUCAGGCCUAUGGUAACACCGAUUGUUGUUGGGCCUUUUCGAUAUCUUUCUUCUAUUAAGCUUCGUAAGCCAAAACUGGAUCCAAUAAGGCACACCACCAAAUUCCGACUCCCUAGAGAUUGUAUGUACAUUUGAGUUCUGCCCAAAUGUUUGUAGAAAUGCCAAUAUGAUGUUAACAUUAAGAAGUUGUAACAAUAGUCUGGGUUGUUUCCCGUUUCGCAAUUUAUGCAACAAAGGAAGUAUUAGUUGCCGAAGAAGAUUCAUUACUACUUCUUCUUCAACCAUUUCCCCACCAAAGAACCAGACAUGUGAAGAAGAGUUGUUAGUGGUCGUUGGAGGUGGAGCAGCUGGAAUAUACGGAGCUAUUAGAGCUAAAACUAUUGCUCCUCAUUUGGGUGUUUUGGUUAUUGAGAAAGCCAAACCUUUAUCUAAGGUGAAGAUUUCCGGUGGAGGGAGAUGCAAUGUAACAAAUGGGCACUGUCCUGAUAAAAGGGUUUUGGCAAAUCAUUACCCAAGAGGUAGUCGAGAAUUGCGUGGGUCUUUCUUUAAUCUUCAUGGGCCAACAGAUACCAUGUCUUGGUUUUCUGAUCAUGGGGUGCAGCUUAAGACUGAAGAUGAUGGCAGAGUAUUUCCUGUCAGCAAUAGUUCAUAUUCGAUUAUUGAUUGUCUCUUGCUCGAAGCAAAGAGAACCAGAGUUUUACUGCAGACAGGAAAAGUUGUGACAAGCGCAUCUACUACCAACACCAGUAGGAAGUUCCAAAUCAAGAUUCAGAAGCGGACGAUUGAUUUUGUCGAAUAUGUUGAAGCUGACUAUUUAAUGGUAGCAAGUGGAAGUAGCCUACAGGGUUACAAUCUUGCUACUCAACUUGGUCAUUCCAUAGUAGAUCCUGUACCAAGCUUAUUCACCUUCAAGAUUGAGGACAAACAGUUGGCAGAGUUAUCAGGGAUCACAUUUCCGAAAGUGAAAGUAAAGCUGAAGCUGGAAAAUCUCCGAAGAAAUAUACCAGAAUUUACUCAGGUUGGACCAAUGUUAGUUACCCACUGGGGACUUAGUGGACCAGCAAUUCUUCGUUUAUCUGCAUGGGGAGCUUGUGAAUUUUUCAGUUCAGAGUACCAAGGAACACUUUCUGUGGAUUUCAUACCAGAUACUCACAUAGAAGAUGCAAAAUCAAUCCUUCUUAAACACAAGGAUCACUUUGCGAAGCAGAAAUUUCUUAAUUCAAGCCCUUCAGAAUUUGGCAUUGUGAAACGAUUUUGGAUAUAUGUACUGGACCUCGAGAAUUUAGAUGGAGACACCUUGUGGGCAUCUAUUUCAAAUAAUGCUAUAAUGUCGGUUGCUUCUCUACUUAAGCAGUGUCCAUUUGCAGUGAAAGGAAAGGGACAAUUCAAAGAUGAGUUCGUCACUGCUGGUGGUGUCCCAUUGUCUGAGAUUUCACUGAACACCAUGGAAAGCAAGAUACAACCCCAUCUAUUCUUCGCGGGAGAGGUACUAAAUAUAGACGGAGUAACAGGAGGGUUCAACUUUCAAAAUGCUUGGUCUGGUGGAUACAUCGCAGGUACAACUAUUGGUAAACUAGCUUUAGAUGCUUCCUUAAUGAAGGAAACCAUGUAACGAAAAAGGAUUAGCCAUACAUUGGUGAUCAUUUCUAUUAGUCUCCCGUAGAUGCAGUAUCUCACUAAACACUACUGAUAUCGGAUAUAACUGUACAUGGAUGAAUGAAAUUAAAGAACGUUCUGGGCCUGAUGUAUUUUUUGUGGGGGCUGUUCAUAUAAAGCACAGAAUCAUAAACCCCCCACCCCACCUUCUACCAACUUUAGGAACGGAGCAGUGAUACU